ACGGAGUGGCCCAGAUUACAGUCCCCACGCCUGCUAUUGGCUGCAGUUUGCUCUGCGCCGUCCCGAGGUGGCAACAGGCGCUGCAUAAAUGAAAGUCUGCCAUUUCCCGGUGGCUGCCCCGGCCCCUGGAUCGCCCGGUGCCCGCCCAGGGCUCGGCCAGUGAUGCGGGACCGAGCCGGCUGAGGAGGCACUGAGUCGGCAGCCCCUGACCACCAUGUCCCUGCUGCCUCAGUCAGAGGAAGCGGAGCCCGAGCGCUUCGAUGGAUUGUCGCUGUUGUACUGGACCAUUAUGGGACCCUAUGGAAUCAAUCGAGCUGUACACCGCAUUGUGUUCUCUGACUGUGAGAAUGGCCUGGGUAUUAAAGUUAUUGGUGGGUUUAAAGAACAAACUGGUGAGGAGUAUGGAAUCUAUGUCAAGCGUAUUUUGCAGAGGGGAAUAGCAGCCAGUGAUGGUCGACUGCAGGCUGGCGACUUGAUCCUGGAGGUGAACGGAGAGGAUCUGGCUGGAGUUACAAAUGAGAGGGCUGUCGACAUCCUGCGCACAGCCUCGGCAUCCAGCCACAUGUCUCUGCUGAUCGCACGGGAUGAUGAAUCCAGGAGGGAGUUUGCAGAACUGAUGGAGAAGUAUGGGUCCCAUAGUAACGCUGGAUCGGCGCGAAGUUCUCCUACUCCCCACGCCACCGGUCGACAUCCGGAGAGCCUGUCCUCCACCUCCUCCUCCAGCUCACUCAGUCCCAAGGACGUCGGGCCCCUGGGACCGGCCACACCGAUGGGAAGUGGUGCCGUGCAGCUGAUCUCCGUUCCCAAGGGCCCAUUUCUCGGCCUGAACAUCGUGGGCGGCACCGACCACCCUGAGGGCCCGAUGGUGUGUGUGCAGGAGCUGGUUCCCGGUGGAGAGUGCCACAAGGAUGGGAGGCUGAGAGCCGGGGACCAGCUGGUGUCCAUCAACAAGGAGUCUCUGAUCGGAGUUACUCAGGAGGAAGCUAAGAGCAUUCUGACCAGGCUGAAGCUGAGGUCGGAGGGGACAAUGGAGAUCGCCUUCAUGCGGAGGAGCUCGCAGUCGGACGUGGCGGGGAACCCGCCGAGCCCUGGCGCCCCGGCCCCCACCUCGCCCAUCGCCAGCGGGACCACCCCCAAACCCCCGGGGUUCAGCUUCCUCCUCCCCCCACCCAGCCACCGGCAUGGGCCGGCAUCCACGGCGGAGACCGACGACACUGCCGCCCUCAGGACCAGUCCGGGCAAAUCCACAGGUAAGAAGAGGGAUCGUUCUCCGGCUGCGUCACCCACCCGGAGUCUUCCCGAUCCAGGCUCUACAGGCACAGGUAACGUGAGUGCAGCCUGGACACAGCCCUGUGUCACCCGUGGGAGGUCACUGUCCCUCAAUCCCAGCUUCCGGCUGAAGGUGGAGAAGUUGGAGAUGGCACUGGGCUAUCUUGGGAUUGAACCAACAGAACAGCAACAGCAGACCCUACGGCGUCAACUUCAGGUGGACUCCAAGGGAACGGUAGCCUAUGGGGACUUUGUCCAGGCAGCCAGAGACUUGUUCCGAUUACAGCUGGAUGAAACAUCUUCGGGGCCGGCGGCAGGGUCAUUCGCUUCCAACACAGUCGCCAGUCUCUCUGAGACAGCACAUUCCACACAGAUGCUGAGGACUUGGAAAGAGUUACCCAAGAGGAGGGAUGAAGCAUUAAAGGAACUGAAGAAAGUGAAGGAUGAGUUGGCAGAGUCGCUGAAAAGCAGGAAGCAGCUGAGCGAGGAUUUGCAGAAAGUCAGACAGGAGGCAAAGAGCGCGGUUGAGGAGGGCCGUUGCCUGCGGAGCCGGGUCCACCUUGCUGAGGCAGCACAACGGCAGGCACGGGGCAUGGAGAUGGACUACGAGGAGGUGAUCCGCCUGCUGGAGGCUGAGAUCACGGAGCUCAAAGCUCAGCUGGCAGAUCAGCACGGGCAGACCAAGGAUGACACCCAGGACCUGAGAAAGCGAAUCGCUGUCCUCGAUUGCCAGCUGCGGAAGUCGGAGAUAGCAAGGAAAACCUUCGAAGUGUCCACUGAGAAACUGCUGCAGUUUGUAGAGAUGGUUCAUGAGCUGCUCACAGAGAGCCCGGCUGCUCCAACUAAUGUCUGUGCGACCGGUGCCAGAAGAUUUUCAGGGCCGCCCUCAUCUCAGAACUUCCUUGCUCGGUUUGGCCACGGUGGUCCCAGAACGAUGGCUUCGCUCUCGACAGAUGCCAAGGAGCUGGCCAAAUCUGUCCGCUCCAUCAUCGAGGCUGACUGUCUGCCCUAUGGAUGGGAAGAAGCUUACACAGCAGACGGGAUCAAGUAUUUUAUCAAAGUGUUCUGGGGGCAGCCCGCAGAUGUUGCCACGCGUACGUCUUUGGACUGUGGGAAGAAACCGGAGCACCCGGAGGAAACCCACGCAGACACGGGGAGAACGUACAAACUCCUUACAGACAGCAGCUGGAAUUGAACCCGGGUUGCUGGCGCUGUAAUAGCGUUACGCUAACCACUACACUGCCAUGCCUGGUACACACUGGUAUGGUCUGCAUAUACAGAGGAGUUGCAAGUGCAGUUGAACAUCAUGUAAUUGCCCCUGAACAUCCCCACUUCUGACCUUAUGAUGCAAGGAUGGUCAUUGAUAAAGCAGUGGAAGGUUGUUGGGCUCAGGAUACUGCCUCCUGCAGUGAUGAGUGACCUCUGACAACAAACUUGGUGUCAGGUAUGACUCCAGCCACUGGGAUGUUUUCCCAUUGACCAGUUUUACCAGGGCUCCUUGGUGCCACACUCAGUCAAAUGCUGCCUUGAUGUCAGUAUACUUUUGAUAGUACCUUCAGUGACACCUUCAUCACUUUGCUGAUGUUUAAUAGUAAUAAGCUGGAUUGGAUUUGUCCUGCUUUUUUUGAUUUGACUUACCUGGAGAAUUUUCCCCGUUGUCAGGCAAAUGCCAGUGUUAUAACUAUACUACUUCACUCCCCGAUGAGCUCAACGCCUUUUAUGCACGCUUUGAAAGGGAGAAUUACACUACACCUGUGCGAAUCCCCACAGCAUCUGGCAACCAUGUGACGUCCGUCUCAGAGGCCGAUGUCAGAACAUCCUUCAAGAGGGU